ACUCCUCUUUGAGGGGACGCGUCUUCCCUCACACUGUCCGCUAGUGCCGAGGGUAGGGGGGAUUAAAAGUAUCUAAAGUUGAUUUUUUUAUCCUCCCUGCUGUUCCACAUCCCCCGUUUCCUUCUCUUACAUCGCCGGGUUUGCACGGUUAACGUGCGAAGGCAGCGCGCAGGAGCAUGGCGCUGAGAGGACUUCUUCUAACGGCUCUUUGCCUCAGCUCACUGGGGCCAGGGCUGCUAGCUCAGGAUGAGUUUAAGGCCGUGUUCAGAGAAUGCCCUGUGGACCUUUUCUUUGUGCUGGACACAUCUGAGAGUGUGGCCCUCAGAGCCAAACCGCCAGAGUUUUACAUCAACCAGCUCAAGACCUUCACUAAGACUUUCAUCGAUGAGCUGAGAGAAAUGCGCCAGGCAUGUGAUCGAUAUGUGGCAUGGAACUCUGGAGCUCUGCACUACAGUGACGAGAUACAGCUGAUUAAAGGCCUGGUGGACCUGAACACAAAACGCUCCGAACUUAAAACAGCCAUAGAUGGCAUCACAUACAUCGGCAAAGGAACCUACACUGACUGUGCCAUCAAGGAGGGAAUUGCUGAGGUGCUCAGAGCAGGCUCCCAUUAUCAUGAGAAUAAGUACAUCGUGGUCGUGACAGAUGGUCAUCCUGUCACAGGUUACAAAGAACCCUGUGGAGGGAUACAGGAGGCAGCAAAUGAGGCCAGACAACAUGGCGUCAAAGUGUUUGCUGUGGCCAUUACCCCUGACCAGGAGGACACCAGACUGUCAGUCAUCGCUACAGAUGCGAGAUACAGACAGAACUUCACGGCUGCAGACAACACCCGGUCCACACAGCUGAACACGAUUCACACCAUCAUCAACAUGAUAACCAAUGAAACCAAGGAUGUGUGCUGCUCCUUUGACUGCACUGCCCCUGGAGGGCCGAUCGGACCCCCUGGAGAACCAGGGAGUAGAGGGGAAACUGGAAGACCAGGAAUGCCAGGAGAGAAGGGAGACACUGGGCCUGUGGGAAACCCUGGUGAUCCUGGACCCGUUGGUUACCAAGGCAUGAAGGGAGACCAAGGAGAAAGAGGUGAAAAGGGAGAGAGAGGCCACAAGGGCUUCAAGGGAGACAAAGGACAUUCAGGAAGAGAUGGAGUUGAUGGACGUAAGGGUGAAGCAGGGUUUCCCGGGCUGCCUGGCUGCAAAGGGUCAGCUGGGCCAGACGGUUUGCAAGGGGAACAAGGACCAAAAGGAGACCCAGGUCCUUAUGGACCAAAAGGAGGAAAAGGUGAGCCUGGCAGAGAUGGUGAACGAGGAAGACCUGGUAACUAUGGAUCUCUUGGGGAUAAGGGUGACAGAGGACCAAGAGGAGCCAAUGGGGACAAAGGGGAAAGAGGAGAUGAUGGACCACCAGGACCAGAUGGCCCAAGAGGCGAAAAAGGUGUAGCAGGAGAGAAAGGUGAACAAGGGGGCCGUGGAAACAGAGGACCCAGAGGAGAACCUGGUGACCCAGGUCCACGAGGCGAGCCGGGACGUGAGGGACCAUCAGGACCUAAUGGUGACCCAGGUGAGCCUGGAAGGGCUGGGUCUCCAGGUUAUCGUGGUGAUGAGGGUCCUCCAGGGCCAGAGGGGCCAAAAGGACCCAGAGGAAUUAAAGGAGCCCCAGGAGACAGAGGUCUGAUGGGAGAGAGGGGAGAUGAUGGGCCACCAGGCAAUGGAACGGAGGGUUGCAAUGGUUUCCAGGGUUAUCCAGGUCCCAGAGGAGAUCCUGGAGAACCCGGAAGCAGAGGAUCUCCUGGGCCAAAAGGAGAUGAUGGAGAACCUGGUGACUCUGGUUCAGAUAACAGUCAACCAGGACGGCCUGGGCCUAAAGGAGCAAAAGGCCACAGAGGCCCUGAAGGAAAGCCUGGACCACCAGGACCACCUGGGCCUGCAGGAGCUGAUGACUGUGAAAUCCUGGAUAUCAUUAUGAAGAUGUGCUCUUGCUGUGAGUGUAAGUGUGGACCCCUGGACAUUGCCUUUAUUGUGGACAGCUCUGAGAGUAUAGGUGCCACCAACUUUGCCAUUUCUAAAGACUUCAUUAUAACUGUCAUUGAUCGGCUCAUGAAGGAUCAGCAAAUCAGAUUUGGUGGGAAUGAGUCCCGGGUUGGCGUGGUGCAGUACAGUGGAGAAAAUGCACAGGAGGUCGUAAGGCUUGGUGACCCCAACAUCCGAUCCCUAACUGACCUCAAGCAGGCUGUAAAAAACUUGCGCUGGCUGGCUGAGGCCACCUACACAGGAGAGGCCCUCCAGUAUUCACUUAACAAUAUGAUUGACCGGCUGGUAAAGGAGAGGAGCGUAGUGAUUGUUCUGACUGACGGCCGUUCAGAUACCAUUAGAGAUAUUGUGCCUGUGAAUGUGCUGUGCGGAAAAGGGCUGAAGGUUGGUGGUAUAGGUGUUGUAGACUACGCAGGUAGACCACCCAAGGGGGAACAACUGGAUGAUGUGGCCUGUCUAAAUGAUCCCAGAAAAGGCUUCUCCUUUGUCCUUGACAACUUUGCCUUGCUCCUGGAUGAUAGCUUCCUGCAAAAUUUGACAGAGAGAAUGUGUGAAGACAAAAAGUGUCCCAAUUAUACUUGUCCAAUUUCCUUCAGUGAUCCCACAGAUAUCAUCAUUAUGAUGGACAGCUCAGCUAGUGUGGGCUCCAAGAACUUCAAGAUGACUCAGGAAUUUACCAAGAAGCUGGCUAAGCGGUUCCUGUCUGCAGAGAGGGUAGGAAACGUCCAGGUUCGCGUUGCUGUUGGCCAGUACAGCAGCAAUGCCAACAUUGAAGCUGAAUUCUCUAACAACGCCACUCAAGUGCUUGAUCAGAUUGCAGAAGCCAGCUUCAGGAACGCUGGCACACAGGUGACAGAGGCACUCACUUUGGCCAUCAACCGCUUCAGAGGUGGCAGGACCAGGAAGAAGAAGCUGUUGGUGUUUUCAGAUGGCCGUUCACAGGGCAUCAACAACAUCCAGAUAGAGAAGGCAGUGGAGCAAGUGAACAACAAUGGCAUUGAACUUUACGUUCUGGCUGUCGGGAAUCAGGUGAACGAAGCCAACCUGCGCACUUUGGUGAGUCGAGGGCGGCCCUACGACAACACUUACGCCUACCGCCAUCUGUUCAAGGCCCCUGACUACCGUGCUCUGCUCAGGGGUGUCUUUUACCAAACUGUGUCACGAAAGGUUUCACUGGUCUGAGGGGAAGGGAAUGUAAGCUAAGAAGAAAAAAAGUGAUUGGGCAAAGGGAGGGGCAAAGAAAAAGGUGUAUCAACAACAACAGAGUGGAGGGCACGGCAGUAGAACACAAGUUUGUUUGUUUUUUUUUCCUCAGUCAAUUGUGACUCAUAUCUCAAUUUACAUCAUGUAGGGUUUUUCAUAGUCAUGGAUUAUGUUUAAGAGACAGAAAAUGAUUCUGUGUAGUAUGGACAGUGACCAUUUGUAUGUCACUUGUAUGUCUUUGGAAGGAAAAGAGAUUAAUGAAUGUAAUCUCACAAUCAAGUCAUAUCAUAAUAUGCUUUUGUUGGACCCCAGGUUACUUUGGUGCUUCCAGCAUAUGAAUUCUAGAUUUAUGACCAUUCAUAUUCAUUGGAAAUUAGUUUUUCAUUGAACAUGUCCCUAGUUUUAUACACAGACAAUAUUCCUAUUUGCUGGUCAAGAGUUGAGCCUCUCUCUAUGAGAUGAUGCGUACGCUGAGUCAUCCUGCCUAUAUAUGCUGAAAAAAAAUCCCUGUUUGCAACAAGAUCUUGUUUAAGUAAUGUACAUGCUCACAUUGUGUGUUUUUUUCAGAAGCCUGGGGUAAAGCAGCCCUCAAAGCGGUCAUUGGUCUCAUUUUUGAAUUCCAUAGUGUAUCACUUGAAUAUGAAUUUGGUGCUAACAGUAUACACUCAGGCUCCUCCGGUCACUCAAAUACAAAAGCAAAGUUGUUUCAAAUAUCUCAGUGCCUUUAAUCAAAGACAGCGUUUUUUUUUUACCACUAGGAUUGUGUAAAAAUUUAUAUGUUUCAUAAAUGUAUUUGAAACCAGCCUUGGGGCUGCUGUAGAGGUAUUUUCAAUAAAGAAUGCUUCACUCCAUGA